CCGGCCGGAAGCUGGGGCUGCCCCGGGCCGCCCGGCGGGGGCUGGGCGGGGAGGCUGAGCCUCCGUCUUUUCAGGCUCUUGUACCCACUUCCCCCCUCCCCAUCUCCUCCGGUGCCCCAAAUCGGCUGAGUCACAGCGCCCCAGAACGCGCCAACUGGGGGGGGAGGGAGAGGGAGGGGAGGGCCCCGGCGACCCGCAGGAUGUGGCCCGAGUCACGUCCUAGGGGGCCGGGGGAGGGAUCGUGUUCUCGCCGCGCUGUCCCCGCCCAAGCGCCGCCUCCGGGCUUCGCCUUUCGGGGGCGGCCUCUCCACUAAUCCUCGCCUGCAAUUGGACGCCAGGGCGCCUCCCGCCCCCUUCAAGGGAAGAAACCCGGCGGAGGCUGGCGCCGUGCCUUUAUAAAGCCCGGCGCCACCUCCCUCCUGCCCGCCCCCUGCGCCGCCCCCUCCGGAGCUUAAUAGGCUGCGUUCCUCCUGGAACGCGUCGCAGAACCAGGGUCCUGGUAACGACUGCCGCGUUCGCUCAGUCUGCUCGCCGGCCCGCCGCCCUCCACCGCCGCACCCCGCAAACCCGCCCCCUCCCGUGCCAGGAACUGACCGGCACCAUGCCCUACCAAUACCCAGCGCUGACCCCGGAGCAGAAGAAGGAGCUUUCCGACAUCGCUCACCGCAUCGUGGCUCCGGGCAAGGGCAUCCUGGCUGCAGAUGAGUCCACUGGGAGCAUCGCCAAGCGGCUGCAGUCUAUCGGCACUGAGAACACAGAGGAGAACCGGCGCUUCUACCGACAGCUGCUGCUGACUGCCGACGAUCGCGUGAACCCCUGCAUCGGGGGCGUCAUCCUCUUCCACGAGACGCUCUACCAGAAGACAGAUGAUGGGCGUCCCUUCCCCCAAGUUAUCAAAUCCAAGGGCGGUGUUGUGGGCAUCAAGGUGGACAAGGGCGUGGUACCCCUGGCAGGAACAAAUGGCGAGACUACCACCCAAGGGCUGGAUGGGCUGUCUGAGCGCUGUGCCCAAUACAAGAAGGAUGGAGCUGACUUUGCCAAGUGGCGCUGCGUCCUGAAGAUUGGGGAACACACCCCCUCAGCCCUUGCCAUCAUGGAAAAUGCCAACGUUCUGGCCCGUUACGCCAGCAUCUGCCAGCAGAAUGGCAUCGUGCCCAUCGUGGAGCCUGAGAUCCUCCCUGAUGGGGACCAUGACUUGAAGCGCUGUCAGUAUGUAACCGAGAAGGUGCUGGCUGCCGUCUACAAGGCUCUGAGUGACCACCACAUCUACCUGGAAGGCACUUUGCUGAAGCCCAACAUGGUAACCCCAGGCCACGCCUGCACCCAGAAAUAUUCUCACGAGGAAAUCGCCAUGGCAACUGUCACAGCCCUGCGCCGCACAGUGCCCCCCGCUGUCACUGGGAUCACUUUCCUAUCUGGAGGCCAGAGUGAGGAGGAGGCAUCCAUCAACCUCAACGCCAUCAACAAGUGCCCCCUGCUGAAGCCGUGGGCCCUGACCUUCUCCUAUGGCCGAGCCCUGCAGGCUUCUGCCCUGAAGGCCUGGGGUGGAAAGAAGGAGAACCUGAAGGCUGCCCAGGAGGAGUAUGUCAAGCGAGCCCUGGCCAACAGCCUCGCCUGCCAAGGAAAGUACACCUCCAGUGGUCAGGCCGGGGCUGCAGCCAGCGAGUCCCUCUUCAUCUCUAACCAUGCCUACUAAGCGGAGGUGUUCUAAGGCUGCCCCCUCAACACUCCAGCCCCUGCCCCCUCCCACACUCAUUCUUGAAGAGGGGGCCUCACCGGGGCUCCAGGCUGCUCUUUCCCAUCACUUUGCCUCCCACGUGACAUUGGUGUGUGGUGUUGUCUGUAUAUGCUAACUCCAUCUCUUUCCAGCCCACUGCCAAUAAACAACUAUUUAAGGGGGA